AUGAUGUCUAUUCGUCUGUUUCUGACCACAAUAGUGGCAACAGCCCGAAAGCUGGUUCCGCCAGCCACAUUGGUAAUGGCCAAUAUGCUCAAGGAUCCUCUGGUCAAAUAUAAAGCCUUCAAAGGCGUCGAUUUACCAAACAGGCAGUGGCCUAACAAACAAAUUACCAGGGCACCUCGGUGGCUUAACACUGAUUUACGCGAUGGUAAUCAGUCUCUUCCUGAUCCGAUGCUGAUCCUGCAAAAGAAGGAGUUUUUCCACAAAUUGGUCGACAUGGGCUUCAAAGAAAUUGAAGUGGCUUUUCCCUCCGCGUCCCAAACUGAUUUUGACUUCACACGCUACGCUGUUGAAAAUGCACCUGACGAUGUCAUGAUCCAGGUGUUGACCCAACUGAGAGAGCACUUGGUUCGCCGCACGGUUGAAUCGGUGAAGGGGGCCAAGAAAGCGUGCAUUCACACUUACUUGGCUACCUCAAACGUUUUCAGAGAUGUCGUAUUUAAUAUGUCAAAGGAAGAGGCAAUUGCUAAAGCCGUCGAGACGACGAAAUUGGUCAGAUCGCUCACGAAAGAUGACCAUGCUAUGCAAGAGACUGAAUGGACUUAUGAAUUCUCCCCUGAAUGUUUCUCUGACACCCCUACGGAUUUUGCAGUUGAAAUCUGCGAAGCCGUCAAAGCUGCCUGGGAGCCUACCGUUGAGCAACCUAUCAUCUUCAAUCUUCCUGCCACUGUUGAAGUUGCGGGUCCCAAUGUGUACGCUGAUCAAAUCGAAUACUUUUGCAACAACAUUUCGGAAAGAGAAAAAUGCAUUAUCUCGGUGCACCCUCACAACGAUCGUGGCUGUUCGGUUGCUGCUGCGGAACUUGGCUUGUUAGCAGGUGCUGACAGAGUCGAAGGGUGCUUGUUUGGCUCGGGUGAAAGAACCGGUAAUGUUGACUUGGUAACGGUGGCUCUCAACAUGUACACGCACGGGGUCAGUCCUAAUCUUGACUUCUCUAACAUCGAAGAAAUCAUUGAGAUCGCCGAGCGUUGCACGAAGAUUCAUGUGCACCCCAGAGCUCCCUACGGUGGCUCUCUUGUGGUGUGUGCAUUUUCAGGAUCUCAUCAAGACGCUAUCAAGAAGGGUUUCUCCAAGCACGAAAAGUCAAACGAUGGCGAAUGGAGAAUUCCUUACUUGCCGUUGGACCCUAAAGAUAUUGGCCGCUCGUAUGAGGCUGUCAUUAGAGUCAACUCGCAAUCAGGUAAAGGUGGGGCCGCAUGGGUCAUUUUGCGUUCUCUCGGUUUAGAUUUGCCCCGAGGCAUGCAAGUGGCGUUUUCAUCCGCAGUUCAAUCUCAUGCCGACUCGUUGGGUCGUGAGUUGAAGACUGAGGAAAUUACCGAGCUUUGUCAAUCCUUAUACUUCUCGCUGUCGCCUAUUUCUUUGAAGGAUUUCGAAAUCACCAAGAAGCGUGAUUCCAACGACAGAGAGGUGUUCGUUAUUUUGAACAAUGGUGGAUCUAAGGAUACUAUUGCCGGUGUUGGGAAUGGUCCCAUUUCUGCAUUUGUUGAUGCCAUCAACAGUAAAUUUGGUCUGAAUUUUGAAGUCUUGAAUUAUACGGAGCACUCACUUGGUAAGGACUCGCAAUCGAAGGCUGCAACUUAUGUGGAGUUGUCGUACAAGGAUGUGUCCGGCAAUAAGGUUAGUAGAUGGGGCUGCGGGAUCAAUCCCGAUGUUUCGCAGGCAUCAUUCGAAGCCAUUUUAUCGGUUUUGAACAAGGCAAUUGAGGCUGGUGAGAUUGUUGUUUAG